GUUUGGUUUCAAAACAGGCGAGCAAAAUUUAGAAGAAAUGAACGAAGUAUGCUGUCGCAAAGAAGCCCAACAACCCCUUUUCAGCCAUUGCCAACAACCUCUCGUACAGGUGGAAUAGACUGUUACAACUCAGAGCAAUAUCUGGAGUCUGCCAUAUCAGUUCCCAGAAUGCAGUACCAUCCGGUCGUGCCCUAUUCUCAUGUAAUGACGUCUUCCUGCGCCUUUCUCACAUCAGGAAUGUCGGUGACCUCUACAGUUAUGAGCAGUCGCCCACCUAAUUUCAGCCCGUUGCGUUUCCCGUGCUCUUCAAUAUGAAUUUGCUCGCCAAGAUGUCACCACAGCCUAGAAAACAGAGAUGAUUGCGAGGACGUACCUAUGUUGUUUGGUGCAAUAUUGGACUUACUGGAUUCCUCUUCCCCCCCCCCCCANAAUAACGAACAAAGAAUGGCAUCUGAUUGGGUCCUCUAACACAAAAAUUUGGAAUUGUAAUUAAGACCUCUUAGUUCAAAUGAAUGCAAUUUUUAAUUAGAUGUUGAUUAGUGAACAUGCUUUAUUGCCAUAAAAAGCACUUGCUACCUACUUUGUGACAAGAAAAAAAAAUAAAAUAAACAUUCUUUUAAUCUGA